UUUUCACCUCCAUCAUUACCUGAAUUCAAUCUGUUUCGAACUUCGUUUACUUGCUGUCAAAGCAACCGAGAGGGGGAUUGGAAGUGCGGAAAGUGACAGAUGUUGUCUUAACAUUGAUCUUUUUACAAAAACAAGCUUAAUUUCAUCAAUUAGAAUAUCAUUAUCCGUCCACUAUUUCGUAUAAAGAAUAUUUUAAUCGUGUUUUACUAUUUUCGACGUGGAUAUUUUACAUUAUGUGAAAAAGAGCAAACUUUUUUGUGUGUAUUAUGAAAGUGGGAUAGUGUUUACGAACGUAAUGAAGAACCUUAGGAAUAUAUCGCAGGUAUCCAGCACAGGUACAAUGCUGGUGUUCUUGCUCUCUCUCUCAUCCCAAAUCCACCAAAUCCUCUCUCAGGGUCCUGAGGGAUACUUCACCAGUUCAUCUUACGCAUCCCUCAGCACCAUGUUCGAUGUUCGAGGCAGGACUUCUUUAAGUUUUAGGACUUGUUCUAGUGGACAAUUAUUGUACCAAGAAGGAAACACCGGUGAUUUUGUGAACAUGACACUCUUGCCUUCGGACACUCUAGAGUUCUCGUGGCAGGUGAACAGGCUUCGCCAUUCCGUGACAGUGGGUGCCAAUCUCAUAGACAAUCGCUGGCACGAUGUCGAUCUCAUCUACCAGACAGGAUCUGUGACUUUGUAUGUGUCCAGGAGUAGUGUGGUGGUGUCCAAUGGCACUCACAACAGCGAUCUGUUCGACCUGAGGCUGGAGAGCUCCCAUCCUCAGUUGCUCGUUGGAAGAGGCUUCACUGGGUGUGUUCUUCAAGGUGCUGGUGUCCUCCUCAACGAUUCCAGUGUGUAUUCUUAUGAAGUGGACUGGGGAAGGUGUCCACUGCCCUUGACUGGUAGCUGCGAUGGCUACCUGGUUGAUCCUUGUUUUUAUCAGCCCUGUCACAAACACAGCAAAUGUGUGCAUAUGCUGAACGAUUACCGAUGUGUUUGUAGUACUAGAUUCAACGGAACAAACUGUGAUAUUGAUCUUGGUCCUUUAUGUGAUAAGCCAGAAUAUAAUCAGUGUCAAAAUGGUGGUACCUGCCAAGAAGAUAGUCUUGGUAACAGUACUAUGUGUGCCUGCCCCCCUAUAUUUACUGGUACCUUCUGUGAAACAAUGGUGGACAACACAUUUUGUGAUUUUAUGCCGUGUCGCAAUGGAGGCACCUGUAAUAUUAACCAGUCAAGAAGUGGUUAUGUUUGCACAUGUCCUCAAGGUUUUGCUGGUGUAGAUUGUGAACUGAAUAUUGAUGAAUGUCAGUCUUUCCCCUGUCAGAAUAAUGGUACCUGUACAGAUGAAAUAAACUCUUAUUCGUGUGACUGCUCUGGUACAGGUUACCGUGGGCCUAAUUGUGAAGAAAAUGUGAAUGAAUGCGAAGAGAGCAAGCCAUGUUAUACUGGAAGCCAGUGUUUUGACCGUUAUGGUGAUUACAUGUGCGACUGUCCCCGUGGUUUUGGGGGCAAAGACUGUGAUCAGGAGGUGAACGAGUGUGAGUCCAGUCCCUGCCAGAAUAAUGGUCAAUGCAUCGACAGUCUCAAUGGAUACUUGUGUCAUUGUGUUCUUGGCUUUGCUGGGAAGAACUGUGAGGAAAAUAUUAAUGACUGUAACGGCGUCACUUGUCCAGCAAAUAGUCACUGUGUUGAUGGUGUGAAUACAUUUUCAUGUGUUUGCAAUCCAGGAUAUGAGGGGUCUGUACCUCAUUGUCAAGAAAUAGAUGAGUGUGAAAAGGGGCCUUGUUUAAAUGGAGGCUCGUGCCAUGAUCUCCUGAAUGGGUUUGAAUGUACCUGCUUAGAUGGAUUUGUGGGCAGCCACUGUGAAGUCAAUAUUGAUGAAUGCGAAUCGUCUCCGUGUCGAAAUAGUGCCACCUGUGUGGAUGGCCCUGGAAAAUACACCUGUGAAUGUGCUCUUGGCUACUCUGGUAUCAACUGUGAAGUUGACAUUAAUGAUUGUGAACCAAAUCCUUGUAAUAAUAAUUCAAAUUGUACUGACUUGGUGAAUGACUACUUGUGUGAGUGCCUUCCUGGUUGGGAGGGAAAGAAUUGUGAUGAGAAUGUCAAUGAGUGUCUCUCUUCCCCCUGCAUGUAUGGUCAAUGUGUGGAUUCCCUCAACAAUUUUACCUGCCAUUGUGAUCUUGGAUAUGAAGGUGUUUUCUGUGAUAUAAACAUAAACGAAUGUGAUUCCAGUCCGUGUUUUAAUGGAGGUACAUGCACAGAUCUGAUUAAUGAUUUCUCCUGUGAAUGUCCCGAGAACUUCAUGGGUAAAUUCUGUGAUGAAGUUUACGAUGCCUGUAGCUCAACCCCAUGUUCCAAUGGUGGCACAUGCCAGACCAAUAUACCGUCCCAUUUAUACACCUGCAUCUGCCCCAAUGGAUUUCUUGGAGAUCAGUGCGAAGUAGAUAUUGAUGAUUGUGUGGGAAUACAGUGUCCAGCUGGAAAGAUAUGUGUCGAUAAACCCAAUGCAUAUGAAUGCCGCUGUCCUACAGGAUAUACAGGUGAUGAUUGCUCUUUGAAUAUUGAUGAGUGCAGUAGCAACCCUUGUGUGAAUGGUACUUGUGUAGAUGGUAUUGGAGCUUUUGCCUGCCAUUGUCCACCAGGAAUAACAGGAAAACUUUGUGAAUCAGAUGUGAAUGAAUGUGAAACCUCACCCUGUGCACAUGGUAUCUGUCAAAACAUGUUUGGAACCUACCUUUGUUACUGUACCCCGGGGUACACUGGUACACAUUGCGAUAUCGAGUUUAACGAGUGCCUGUCCAUGCCUUGUAAAAAUAAUGCCACGUGCAACGACCUUGUGAAUAACUACAGUUGUACCUGCGUGCCUGGAUUCUCUGGUCGAAAUUGUGAAACUGACAUUGAUGAAUGUGCUCCUCUUCCAUGCCAAAAUGGGGCAACAUGCCAUGACUUAAUUAAUGAGUAUCACUGCGAUUGUAUUGCUGGGUUCACUGGCAUCAACUGCGAGAUAAACAUCGAUGAAUGUGCUUCUCAUCCGUGCCUUAACCAUGGAAAGUGUAUUGACAAAAUUAAUGAGUUUGUUUGCAAUUGUUCUGACACUGGCUUCACAGGUACAUUUUGCGAAACAAAUAUCGAUGAUUGCGCAAACAAUCCUUGCCAGAAUGGUGCUACUUGUGAAGACAAAAUUAAAGAUUACGAAUGCCACUGCUAUGACGGAUACAAUGGCAAAAAUUGUGAUAACGACAUCGAUGAUUGUUCAUCAUCUCCGUGCCUUAACAACGCUCUGUGCCUGGAAAAUUCAAACAAGACUCUUUAUGAAACCAACUAUUUAGGCUUCUUUCCUACAUUUUCAUACGACAUAGCUAGUGGAUACCGAUGCAUGUGUUCAUCUGGCUUUACAGGAGAGAACUGUGAAACCAACAUUGAUGAUUGCAUUGACAACAGUUGUAAAAAUGGAAUAUGCAUUGAUAGCAUCAAUGAUUAUUAUUGUGCUUGUCAUUUAGGGUAUGAAGGCCAGUUUUGCGAGAGAGAAAUCAAUGAGUGUGAAAUGUUAACACCUUGUGAAAAUAAUGCCACGUGUGUAGAUCUUGUUGCAGAUUACAGUUGUUCGUGCUUGCCAAACUACGGUGGUAAAAACUGUCAGACAAAGUUGACGGGCUGCAUCGGUGUGGUGUGCCAGAACGGUGCAACGUGUGUCCCACUACUAGAUGUGGAUAACCAUCAUAGGCAUACUUGUGUAUGUUCUGAAGGGUUUUAUGGGUUGUCUUGCGAGAUAUCGACUACGGUAUCGUUCAAUACAGGCGACUCGUUGUCCGUCACAAAUUACAAUGAUAGAGUCGACUCUUUUGAGCUCGAGUUUAGGUUCCGCACAACCCUGCCGAACGGCGUCAUCAGCACUGGCUACGUAUUGUCGAGCAACAUGCUGCAAUAUCUGCUCUAUCUCUGGAACGGCAUGAUAAAAGUCGACGUGUACGACAACACAGAAAGAAUAGCUGAACUGUUUUCAAAGAAUGGCCAAAAUGAUUCCACCUGGAAGACUGUAAGCCUGGAAUUCUUGCCCGGACAGGUGUUUUUGAAUGUCUCCGGCUGGGUCGCGCAGAAGUUGAUAAACUUCCAGUCGCUGAACUUCACUGUGCAGUUCGGGGCAUCCAACUUAGUUUCUAAAAAUCACUUGGAGAUUCCAGAUUUCAUUGGCUGCGUGCAGGACAUACACAUGAAUGGGGAUAUCAUAAUACCCAACACCAACAGUCUGCUCCACGGUGCCGUCGUAGGAUGUCCGAGGGAAGAGCAGUGUGAAGGUUCCCCCUGCCAUAAUGGAUUCUGCAAAGACAAUUGGUUGAGUUAUGAGUGCAUUUGUUCAAGACCAUUCUUUGGAAGCACAUGUCAAUACAGUUAUGAACCUGCUACUUUUGGUUACCUAAGUGAGAAGAGCAAGGCAGAAUUGAUCCUGACUGACCGGCAGGCAUCCACAAUGCAGAACGGUGUAGACAUUUCGUUCUUUGCACGCACUAGAAAUGAUUUUGGUUUGCUUUUCUACCUUGGCACUAUCAUCAAUGGUGUUAGCAAUUGCAGUUUCAAUGGUGUUCCCAACAAUACUUUCGUCGUCGGAAGACUCGUCUCUGGUAAGAUGCAAAUACUGCUGAAGCAACAAAAUGGCGACAUCACCGAACUCACUAAUGCUCAAAAACUGGAUGACGGCAACAACUACUUUAUCCAAGUCACUUUGAAUGACUCUGCAUUAAGCUUAAAGUUAAAUGAAACUAUGGAGACAAAAAGUAUCAUGAUGCCCAAAAUGUGUAUGGAAGCCCUCUAUAUUGGAGGUCUGCCUUUUUCAUCACGCAGAAAGCGUUCUCCUCAACAUUUCACCAGUGAAAUAGAUAUCUUGUUGCUCGAAGAUAUACAGUUCUUUAAGGGUAUCAUUCAAGACUUUAGAGUGAACAAUGAAGAAGUUGUUUUUUACGAUCUGCAAGCUGAAGGGGAUGGUUUUCCCGCUGUAUUAGGGAAAGCUUUGUUGACAGAGUCUAUUCAGAUGGGAAUGGUCAGCGAUGACCCCUGCAAUCACAUAAGACCUUGUUUGCAUGGUGCUGUCUGCCAAGAUGCUUGGAAUGAAUAUGUGUGUAUAUGCCCUGAAGAUUAUCGAGGGAAAAACUGUGAGGAAAGGAAACCAUGUGCUGAUAACACCUGCCCUGUGAAUUCUUACUGUAGAAAUCUUGAUAUAGGAUAUGAAUGUGUUGCCAGUGCUGCAUUUGAUGGAAAACGAAAUGGAAUUUACUACCAAAUUGACCAUGUCAACAGCAGCAUUACCAAUAUGAGCUUUUCUUUCCGAUCAAACACCAACGGCACAAUAUUGUGGCUGGAAAGUCACUCGAACACAGAAUCCAAUCAUUUUCUUCACAUUGAAAUCGUCUCCAAUACAUUGCAGGUGAAGUGGGACCUGGGACCCUCUUACGAAAAUCACGCAUUGCACAAGACUGUCAGCCAAAAGAUCGAAGCUGGAAGACAAGGCGAGUGGCAAGACGUGAAACUGUGGUUCGAGGGCAACAUGGUACACCUGGAAGUGUCCGGUACUGAAAAUCUCUCCGAAGACAAUUACUCGGUUGGACUGAGCGAGCUUUUGAACAGCGGAGCGAAUGUUUAUUUGGGAUACAAACCUGGUUCAGAACUGCUGUUUAAGGGUUGCCUCGACGAUGUCCGCAUGGGUGGCACAUUGCUCCCGUUCUUCGAUCAAUCUCAGUUUUCGAGCACCAGAAACCCGUUUCAGAUAGUGCAGAAGGAGCUCGAAAUCGGGUGCAAGUUGUGCUGGAAUGACGAUUGCCUGCACGGUACUUGUAAGAAUGAAACAGAUUCUUAUGCUUGUAGUUGCUACGAAGGAUAUGAGGGUGAAUUAUGUGAAGUGGAUAUGUGCAUAUCUAAAAACCCAUGCCAGAACCAGGGAACAUGUAAGCAUAGCUCCCCGAGUGGAAUGAUAAUGUGUUCUUGCCCGCAGGAGUUUACGGGGCAAUGGUGUACUGAAAUCAACCACUGUAAUAGUCAACCUUGCCAGAAUGGUGGAGAAUGCGUACCGGGAGAUGAUUCGUUCGUUUGCAGAUGUCCCUCCUCCUACAAAGGAGAUCUCUGCGAAUCACCUGUUAUUCUGGAUUGUACAACUGUCAAUUGUUCCCAUGGUUCUUGUAUCAACAUUGAUCUUGGAGAAACUAUUAAAUUCAAAUGCUUAUGUUACGAUGGAUAUGAAGGUAUGUAUUGCAAUGAGACAAAAGACUUCUGCCUCAGCACUCCUUGUGAGAAUGGUGGAGUGUGUACCAUCAUCGCAGAGCAGGAAUAUGCCACCUACAGGUGUACUUGCCCGAGUGGCUUUACGGGUGAUCACUGUGAGCUGGAUAUUGACGAGUGUGAGACUGAUCCAUGUAAGAAUGGAACAUGUAUUAAUCAAAAAGGAAGUUAUAAGUGUGAUUGUUAUCCAGGGUAUUAUGGCUUGUCAACUUGCCAUAAAAUCAGACGCUGCACUGACGCUGAAGAUGUGUGCUACAACGGAAAUUGUACGAGCGUGCCAGGUGGGUAUGAGUGCAGCUGUGAUGAUAAGUACCUGGGGAGCCACUGUAGCAUCUUCAACGAGUGCCACCCAUCCAAGUGCAACCAUCGUGGAAUGUGCAAUCCAAUGAUUGAUGAACAUGAACUCUUGUUUCUACAUUCAUGCGCCUGUGAAGAUGGUUUCAGUGGUAGUGAUUGUACGAAAGAGUUGAACAAGAGUGGAGAUGAUACCAACCUAAUUGUUUUUAUCCUUAUUCCGGUGCUGUCUUUAUUCAUCCUCUGCAUCUUAAUAAUUGCCAUUGUGUUCCUACGAAUGGCCAAGAAGAAGAGGGCCACUCGGGGAACCUACAGUCCUAGUCGCCAAGAAAUGUUUGGCUCCAGAGUUGAAAUGAAUCAUGUCAUGAAGCCUCCGCCCGAAGAAAGGCUCAUUUAAUUUAUAACAAAAUUAUUCAAUUUUUUGAAAACUUUUAUUUUAUUGAAACUGAACAAAUUUCCAAACUUUGGAGAGAGAGAAAGAAAAUUCCCAUAUUUAAGACCAGUGCAAAAAAAACGGAACUAUGAUUAAGGGUAAUUUUAAAAUUCUGCUCCUAAAGGAAAAUUCUAUGGAAAAAGGUCAUGAAAUUUCAAAAGAGUGGACUUUGUAAUCUCUUUGAAACUAAACUGUGUUUGUCUUUGACUAAUUCUCUUCAAGAUGCUUCUAGUUCAUUACUUUUGAAAAAGAUUUUAAAUUAAUAUAUAAUUCUUGUUUGAAUUUAAAAAAUUUGAAAGAAAUAAAACAAAAGUGCUAAUAAAAUGUGAACUGUGUUGCACACUUGCAAUAUAAAGAAUUUAUUAGAAAUUUUAAGUAUUUUGCAUAUAUUUUUAUACUUAUUUGAAUGGAAAAAAUUUAAAUAGUUUGAUGAAAGCAUUUGCAUAGCUGUCAACUUUACUGGAUUUCGCCAGUUUCUCCUGGUCUACUGGUUUAAUAAAAAUUCUGAUUUUUGCAUCUUUUAAAAAAUUCCCUAUAACUGAGUAAAUUUCUUUAAAAAAUCCCUAUUGAAAUAGAAGUUUUACACAAUUUAUUUGCUUGCUUGAAUAUUUAAAUAAAUAUUACUAAUGCAAAAUGAAGCAGGCCUCAUUUAUAAUAGUUUAAAGCUUUUUUUUUUUUGUUCUAAAAUUUCAGUUUAUUUUUGAUCAGAAUUCUCUUAUUAAACUAAUUUAAAAAAAUCUUUCAAUUAUCAAUAAUAAAUUACCUUGUUUUCUAGUACUCAAAAUUACGAGCUAACAUAAUGAAAAGCAUUUAAAAUGAAAAUACAUAUAAUGUUAAUCAUAAAUGGAAAAUAUUGCUGACCAUUUAUAGUGUUAACUGUAAUAAAAUUUUUGUGCCUUGAUUACAAUAAAAAUCCCUAAAAUUCCCUAUGUGUAAAAUAUUUAGUAUAUUAUGCAACAGUUAUCAGGAAAUUUAUAUUUCUUAAAAUCUACUGGAUUUUUUUCCUAUCCAUGUUGGCAGCUGUCCAUUUGUUAGAUUCCGAAAAACAGAAGAAAAUCCUGUUUGUGCCUUUCUCUUACAAACUGUGACCAGUUAAGAAGCUUUUAGAUUAUAUUUCUUGUUUUUGGAUGAUUACAUUAUUUCUGUAAAUAUAGUUCUUAUGCAUGUGACUACCAAAAUAAUUUCAUUUUUGUGUUGUUCUCAUUUAAAAAUGUCAUAUGAAUACUCAUUUGUAAAUAAUUUAGAUGUAUGUUUGUAUUUAUUGUGCUGCAAAACAGGUGUUGUUGCUAACAAACAUGUUUUUUUGUUUGUUUUUUUUUUAAGUUAGGUCUCUUUCUAAUGAAAUUGAGUGCAACUUUUAAUGUCCCAAAUGUUAUUGUAGAGAAUGAGUGUUUUUUUUUUUUUUGUGUGAAUUUAUUUUGUACAGCUUAUUUAUUGCACUCAAAACUGCAUGCGAAUGAAUGUAAUUACAAUUUUAUGUAUAUUUGUACAUCUCAUUAUAGAAUUUGGAUUUUUCGUGCAUUCCAAAAAUUAUAAUUAAAAUACAUUUUAUUUCAUCUUUUUUUU